AUGCUGACCGGAUCGGCGUCGUCUCAGGUGUUCGUCAUGCCCGGCACCAGCCACCAGGUCCACUACUUCCUCACGGGAGGCUCCGGCGGAGGCGACGAUCCCAACAGGUACCCUUGGGCCAUGAAGUCCGUGCAUGAGCUUGAUGCCGUCGUUCCCUCAAUCGCUCGGGGCAUCAAGAGGCCAGCUGCAGCCGGAGAUGAGCCGUGGGGGUUCCCCUUCCACUGCCCCGUCUGCCAGCGAACCUUCUGCAGCGAGAAGGCCGUCCACGGCCACAUGCGCUCCCACUCAGAACGCUCCUGGCGCGGCAUGGAACCGCCACGGCCGCCGCCGGCCCGCGAACUUGCGGGCGACGGGCAGCGCUACAGGUAUGUCUGCGACCGGUGCAGGGCGCCGUUUGAGACCCGGCAGGCGCUCGGCGGACAUCGGGCCAGCCACAGUGGCAAGAGAGGUUGCUCGUGGCUCGCCAAGCAGGAGCUCGCUGAGGCCGCUGCCGCCACGGAAGCUCCAAGGCCCGUCGUGUUUGACUAUGAUCUCAACGAACCAGCGCCGGAGGUGGUGCAGGAGGUGGCGCCGGAGGUGGCGCAGGAGGUGGUGCAGGAGGUGGCGCAGGUGGAAGAGAUGGAGUAG